AUGCAUCGAACCUACUCUAUGCGCGCUACGAGGGCGCCAACCGCCUCUCAGAUCCAGAACCCCCCUCCACCACCAUCAACCACAAAGUCAGGCCGUCUCUUUGGUCGCGGCGGAAUUGGAGGGCUAGGACAUGCUCUACGACGCAACGCCGCCGGCGCCUUUGGGCCCGACCUCGCCAAGAAGCUGUCGCAGCUGGUCAAGAUGGAGAAGAACGUGAUGCGCAGCUUGGAGAUGGUGGCCAAGGAGCGCAUGGAGGUGGCCCAACAGCUGUCGCUCUGGGGCGAGGCCUGCGACGAGGACGUGUCCGAUGUUACGGACAAGCUGGGUGUGUUGCUCUACGAAAUCGGCGAGCUGGAGGAUCAGUACGUCGAUCGCUACGACCAGUACCGCGUCACCAUGAAGAGUAUUAGGAACAUUGAGGCUUCGGUGCAGCCCAGCAGAGACAGAAAGCAAAAGAUCACCGACCAAAUCGCCCAGCUCAAAUACAAAGAACCCAACUCUCCCCGCAUCGUCGUCCUCGAGCAAGAACUCGUCCGCGCCGAAGCCGAGUCGCUCGUCGCCGAGGCCCAGCUCUCCAACAUAACGCGUGAGAAGAUCAAGGCCGCCUACACGUACCAGUUCGACGCCCUGCGCGAGCACUGCGAGAAAGUCGCCAUCAUCGCUGGCUACGGCAAGCACCUACUCGAACUCAUCGACGACACCCCCGUCACGCCGGGCGAGACCCGCCCCGCGUACGACGGCUACGAGGCCUCCAAGGCCAUCAUCCAGGACUGCGAAGACUCGCUCACGAACUGGGUUACGCAGAACGCGGCCGUUUCCGCAAAGCUUUCUACUCGCUCGCGGACGCUCAGCCAGCGCAGGAGGAAUAACAUCAAGGCUAGAACGGAGGGUGGCACCGGACAGGGACAUGAUUUGUCGGGCCAGGACGCCCCGCUUAAUGAUCGCGACUCGUGGGUGCCGGCGAAUCAGCACAAGGAGGUUGCGGCGGAUUAUGAUGUGUCGGACGAGGAAGAGGAGGACGAUGAUGAUGAGGAUGAGGAGGUGGAUGAUAUUGAUGUUGCCGGAAACCAUUCGCUGCUGGAUAGUGAGAGCGGGAUCAACGGCGAACAUCAUCAGCGUGGGAGGAACCAGGAGCCUGUUGCUGCUUGA